ACUCUGGGAUUUGCAGCUCUGGGAGGGGAAUUGCCUCCCAACAACUCAGCGCCCUGAGCAAAAUGCAGUAUCCAUGAUUCUUUUUCGGAAGCCGUGGCUGCUUAAAGUGGUACCACGCUGCUUUAAAAAUGCAUAGCGCAGAUCGACUCUCCGGAACCAUAGAACGAAUCGCGGACUAUAGACUAGAUAGGUAACCAACCCCUAAACGGUUUUUAAGGUGCCAGUCCAUUUGGGAGCCGCUGUCCCUGGAUAGGGGCAGGCUUUGGGCAUCUUUGGUUUCCAGCGAGAAGUCAAAAUUUGGCGCCCCCAAACGGAUUUUCUCAGUUAUGGGUCUGUUCAAUUUUGCGGCGCCCUGUGCGGGAGAACCAUCCGCACCGCCCUAAAUCCGACUUCUGCAACUCCGCAGAAAGGGGAGAUGUAUAGCUGCGUCCGGCGACCACCACUCUUUUGCUUCUCCCGGAAUAAAAGAUCGCUGGCUGUUUAAGUUUCUCGCCAUGCGGAAGAACGCAGUCAGCAUCACAUGCGGCGGCUUAAUCUAUCCCAGCCAAUAGGUCGAGAGCAAAGGUCACGCUGUUGCUUUUCUGCAGCGCUUCGAAACUCACCGAUGGCAAACUUUGCACAAAGGAACUCCGGAGAGGCGCUGGCUGGAGGCUGCGCUGAGACGCGGAAGGAACAGAAGGCUCAGAAGGGGAGGAGGAGCCCCGAGGGCGGCUGCGCCUCUGCAAGGUGCCCCAGCGGCUUCCAAGCUGGGAAAGGCCUGGGGAGCACCUGGUCCGAGCCGCUGCCCCCCGCCACCCUGCAGGUACGCUUGGGAAAGAAUCAGGAAGCCCUGCAGCACUGAGACCUCAGGAGGAGCUUCCUUCUUAUCUACACAGGAAAGCAACACAUUGAACAUGUGGCUCUUCCAGAAGCUGACAGUGACUUAACGGGAGAGUCAGGAAAAACCCAGGGACUUUUGGGGAUCGGUGCACUCUGGAGGAGACGACAUGGCAGAAAAACAAAGGGAAGAUGGCUUGGAAGAGGGACAACAGGUGCUUCCAGGUUUUAAGCCAUGCAUGCAGGAAGACGCCACCCGUGCUCGGCCGCAGACUGCUGUUGGCAGCCAGUCUCCCAGGCCCAGCAGCCGGGCUGAAAGCUUAAUUCUCCGACGAGGACAGUUGUUGUCCAACUUCAGCAGAAGCAUGAACAGGUCGAGCAGGCGUUCGGGAAACUGGGCAACGGGGGUGGACACAGCCAGACUAUCAAUAGGUUAUGGUAGCACGAGAAGGAAGGGACUGAAGGAUAAGCUCUUCCAAAGCAGCCAGGCCAAACCCAUGUGGGUGACAGCUUCCCAUCAGGAGAGCGUUGUGCUGGACACCCAACCAGAUCAGGAACCUCUCAUGGAUGGGAACAAUGAUGACUUGUCCUUAGCUCUGGAUCCAGUGGAGCACGAGUGGAUGUUGACUGUCGCCCAAGGAGACGCAGAGAGCAUCCUCAACUUACUGACCAAGGACCCCAGCCUUCUCUCCAGGAGAGACUUUGUGACAGGCUUCUCUGUCCUCCACUGGCUGGCCAAACAUGGCCGCCAUGAAGACUUGAUUGAGGUGAUUUCUUUUGCGGAAAGGAAUUGCUACCCAUUUGAUGUCAACAUGCCCUCAGCCAGUGGCAGACUAACCCCUUUGCACCUAGCCGCCCUCCAAGGCCAUGAGAUGGUCAUCAAAGUGCUGGUGGGAGCCUACGGAGCCAAUACAAGCCUUCGGGACCACAACGGCCGCAAGGCGUGGCAGUACCUCCGAGAAGAUGCUUCCAGAGAGUUAAAGGAGCUCUCGGGGGCUUGCGAGGAAGACCUGGCCCAGCUAGGAACUGGAAACGCCAACAACAACUGUGCUCCAUCAGCGCGAGGUGGAAUUGGCAUGUUCAAGGGGGACAGCAAGGAAGCCAGGGGCAGAGGACACAGCCAGAGGGUCACGCCCAGACUGUCUUAUUUCAGGAACAAGUUCAGACAAGCCAUUGCGUUCUUCCAAGAGCGUUAGAUGCCUGCUCAGUGGUUGAGGCAGUUGGACUUGUUGGCUGUGAGUGGACUGUAAUCAAAGCCAUUAAAUGAGAGGGUGGGACUGUAGAAGGAGGAAGCACUGGAGGUGGCUGUUGUGAGAUUGAGAUACGUCGCCAGAGGGGGAUAGCUUCAGCAAACCUGCCUGCGUUUGCUUUUUGGCCUCAGGUAUGAGAUCCAAGGCCUGAAAUUCACAAGGAAGGGGAGGGGGAGGGGUGACAAAGGGGAUUGGUGUGACAAAGUGGGUAAGGCUAAGUUUGGGGAAACCCCUAUUUGUCUCCUUGUUCCCCAGAAAGGAACCUGCAGAUAGGGGAGGGGGUGACACAGUGGAUUGGUGUGACAAAGUGGGUAAGACUAAGUUCGGGAAAGCCCCUAUUGGUCUCCUUGUUUCCCAGAAAGGAACCUGCAGAUAGGGGUGUGCGUGCAGUGUGCUGAAAGCAACUGUAAUUCUGCACUAAGAAAAAUAAAUUCUGCAACCUGUGCAAGGUUUGCUCCUGUGGGAAAAACCUGCGUAUUUUUCUCUU